AGUAUCAUUUUGAUAUUGCACAAAGUACAAAACUGACAAAAUUUGCUUAGUUGGAGAGCGGUGGUUGUUUGGCGAGGGUUAAAGAUGUUCUAGUUCUACUGUUCGACCGAAACGCAAAACAAACAAUAACGAUUGUUCGUGAAUCGUGAUAUUUCUAGGAACCACAAACUUCUCUCUGUUUUGCCUCAUCAAAAAUUCAAAACCUUAUCUCUCUAUUCGCUCAACCUUGAAUCUCUGCUCGUUUCACAUUUCUCUUAUUUCCAGCCCUGGCUAACGGUUAAAUGGGUGAUAGAGAAGAAAUGGUUGAGAUAAAUAUGACAUCCUCUGUCGAGUUGAGCUCAUCUCUGCUAGAACAACUAGAGGAGGCAUUAAUUGAGCUGGAAACUCAUAACGCUGCUUUCAGUACUCAGGUUCCAUGGAAUGAUGCACAUUUCCGUAACUUGGAGUCAAGGACGAAGAAGACAUUUGAAGAACUUGAAGCCAAAGAGAAGGAUUUCACAGCUAGGGAAUCUCACUAUCACAUGCUUUUUGCUGAGAAAGAGGCAGAAGUUGUGGCUAAGGAGCAAGAUUUGUUAGAUCAGGUACAGGAACUAAAAGAUGCUGCUGUGGCUGCCAUCACUAAAGCUAGGGAAAACCAUAAGGUAAGCAGCUUUGUUGAUGAUGAAAAUGCAUCAAUUGACACCCAAGAACGGAAACCUCCUCAUAAAAUGGGGGGAAAUGUUGAAGGUGUUGCUGCCAAGGUUAAUCCUUGUGCAGAGCUGACUCAAUUUUGUGAGCAGAUGGAUUCCAUAGGACUUUUGAAAUUUGUUAUGGAGAACCUAGAAAACCUUUCCUCUCUUUGGAAGGAACAGCUGUCAGUCGCACUCGGUAUUGCGACUGAGCCAGCAUGUUUGGUGCUUGAUGCACUGGCGGGAUUUUCCCCUCCCAAAGAAAUGACCCAAGAAGUGGAUCUUAGAGAUGCUGCCCUUCAUGGCAUGCGUCAGUCUUGUCUAAUCCUUAUGGAAGCCUUGUCUGCCUUUCUGUCUAAGGCUGACUGUGACACUGAUAGCUUUCUUAACCCUGAAACCCAGCAGCAGGCGAAAGUUAUUGCCAAUGUGUGGAAACUUAAAUUGGCUGGGGAAAGCAUUAAUGCUGCCAAUGAAAAUUCAUUGGAAGCAGAGGGGUUUUUGCACUGCAAGUAUGUUCUUGCAGUUGCUCAUCACAGGCAGGCAACUGAGCUCUGCCGCUAUCUUGGUUUGACACAAAAGAUACCAGGUUUGGUUGAUACGCUGAUAAGUAAUGGGAGGCAAAUUGAUGCAGUACAUUUUAUUCAUGCUUUCAAGCUCUCUGAGGCUUUCCCUCCUGUUCCUCUUUUGAGAGCAUAUUUGAAAGAGCUUAGGAGAAACUCACAAGGAAAUGGCAGUGCUGCCUUACAGAAUGACUACAAUGCUCGAGAACUUGAAGCAUUGAGGGCAGUCAUUGCGUGUGUGGAACAAUAUAAACUUGAAGCUGACUACCCUCUUGAUCCACUCCAUAAAAGGGUUGCUCAGCUAGACAAAUCUGUCAGAGGUGAUACUAAGAGGACAGCUGAAACCGGUUAUCACCAACAUCAUAAAAAGCCGAAAGGUGAUAGAGGAUUCCAAGGCCAACGAGCUCGGGGCUUUGGUCGUGGGAGACAUGGCCCACCACCAAGGGCAUCAUAUACGGGAGUAACUGGACGACCAGAGAGGUACAAUCCUGCUUUCCCAACUCCUCAUAGCUUUACCGUUACUGCUCAACUUCCUUAUGCUGCUCAAGCCACUGAUCAAAGAUUAUAUUAUCCGCAAGAUACCAGGCCCAGAGGCCCGUAUUCUCCUGCUGCCCCUAGCUAUGGCUCUAAUAUGCAACCAUCACACCAGCCAUAUGCCUAAGAUUCAAAUGGCAUUAGAUCCAACUUAGUCUAGCUUUAAUUGAUUAUCAAAGGAUUUUAGGCAAGCAGUUACGUGGUGUUAGGAAGGUGCAUUUAGUAUCAGAUCACUGCUGAGCCAUUACUCUAAGGGUUGUGGUUCACUGCUGCGCAAGCAGUAACGUGUUGUUAGGGGGCUAUAGUUUGUGUUAUUUUCAUCUAUGUUAAAAGGUUUUUGCAUAUUGCCUUAUGUUUAAAUAUUAUACCCUCAGAUUGUUAUUACAGCCCCUGUAUCUUCUUGUAAGUUUGCUAGUUGCAAAUUCUCUCUGUAAGUGUUUAUUACUCCGUAUUUUUUUAACAACGGAAGCAUUUAUAUCGUGAAGUUGCAAUUUCCAUGUGAAAAGGAGCUUUGUACGCAAAGGCACAUGCUCUUUUACAAACUUCCUGAAAUGAAGUGGAUAAUAAAUAUUGGGGUAUAUCAUCGCCUUUUUUUUUUUUUUUUUUUUUUUUUUUUUUUACCAGUAUCGAGUAAUAUACUAGUAGCGAGUUGGAGUUUGCAAUGUUAUUCUACAAGGUUAUAUCCUGACGUGCACAAAUGCAAAGUGUAGUGUCUGAGUUGUAUCUGCUUUGUGCUAUUGUCUGGUGAGCCAUUUUCGAGUUCAUAUAUCAGGCUGAUAUGACCUAGUACCUAGAGCUGUCAAUUCGGGUAAACGGAUUGGUUUUGGGCCAGGUAAGAGUGGGUUGGGUCAACUUGGGUCGGAACAAUUCAGAUUAAUUUCAUAACCUAUGCGAGUCGGGUUAGGGUUGGGUCAUGCUUGAAUCGGGUCACGUCGAGUCAUGCUUUUUAUUAGGUUUGGGUUAAUAACAGGUCAGGUUACAUUCGGGUCGGGUGAACAACAGGUCGGGUUUAAUUCGGGUUUUCACGAGUUAAAACGGUUUAGGAUAAUUCUCGGGUUCAAGUCGGGUUCGGUUCAAGUCAAUAAUUUGCGGGUUAGAAUCA